AUGUUACGUCGUUGGCUAAGCGAGACAAGAAGUUUACCAUUGGAGGCUUUGCUGCAGUCUGCUGUUAAGUUGCUGCAUAAGCCGAGUGGGGCCCCACAUAUAAAGGGGGGCCUCGAGUACCCACAGCAACAGCAGCAGCAGCAGCAGCAGCAGCAAAUGCAGCAGCAGCAGCAGCAACAGCAGCAAAGACAUGUCUUCUGGGGACUACCAAGACAACUCUAUAGAGAUGAUGUUCUUAUUACAUUACCUAAUGGAGAAAAAAUGAAGAGAGCGGAGGCGAAAGCAAUAGAGGCCUUGCUGCAGCAGAGCAACAGCAGCAGCAGCGAUGUAGAGGAUAGAGCAGAAUCUGCUGCUGCAGGUAGAGGGGAUGCGAUGGAUGAAGACGGUUCGCAUAUGAAGUCUGAGCGUGGCCACAAUAACAGCAGCAGCAACAGCAGCAGCAGCAAUAACAGCAGCAGCAGCAGCAGCAGCAGCAGUUGCUGCUAUAAACUAGUAGGGCAUGUAGGGAGAGUACUGUCUCUUACCUUUGCUGAGGCAGACGAUAGGUGUCUCCUUACAGGAGGAAGCGAUGGUGUUAUUCGCUUAUGGCCUACUCCUUACUCGCAGCAGCAGCAGCAGCAGCAGCAACAGCAGCAGGAGAGUGCUGCAUCAGAUGCAGAAGGAGAUGAAGAUGAUACAGCAGCAGGCUUGCAUGCAAAAAAGCAGCAGCAGCAACAGCAGCAGCUGCAGUUGCUGCCCUUGUGUCAAUAUAGAGGAGCGACUUCGCCUAUUUGGAGUCUCUCCUCCAGUCCCUUGGGGUGCCACGGAGGUUGUGCUGCUGAUGUACCUCAGGUGUAUAUGCACCCCAAUUCUUCUUUGCUGCUAACAGGAGCAUCUGAUGGUAUAAUAAGACUAUUUGAUCUAAGAGCAGCAGAUCUUGUAAGAAGCUGGACACCACCAAGACCAGCAACAGCAGCAGCAGCAGGAUUUCCUCCUGCUGCUGCUGUCGGUGGAGGCAUUGGUACACCUGCUGCAGCAGAAGCAGCAGCAGCAGCAAGAAAUUACGCAGAUAACACACUGCGGUGGCCGCUUGACCCCAGGCUCUUGUCAGGUGCAGGGCGAGUUGCAUACAGCAGCAGCUGCAGCUACAGCAGCAGCAGCAGCUACAGCAGCAGCAGCAGUAGCAAAGAGCCUACCGCCAUCACGGUAUCGUCAAAUGGACGUCUCGUCGCAGCAGCGGACGAGACUGGCUACGUAUAUAUAUGGGAUAUUCCUUCUGGGGGUUUGUUGGCUACGGCGUAUGCGGGGCUUCCUCCUGCGCAUGCUGCUGCUGCUGCUGCAUUUGCUGCUGAAGGUCGCUGCAGCGCAGCAGCAGCAGCAGCAGCAGCAGCAGCAACGUAUCCAAAGGCCCUUUCCUUCUGCUAUAACUCUUCUCUCCUAGCAGCAGCAACGGGAGACGGUCGCGUGCUGCUGUGGGAUACAACAGCAGGUGAGUAUCAACAGCAGCAAUAA